AUGGAGCCGCUGGAGACGAACAGCAGCUGCAGCAACGGGUCUCUGAUCACCCUUUCGUGCCUUUCCCACCGGGUCGUGUGCCAAGUGAUCAGCAGUGCUGUCCCAGCUGACUCAAUCCUGGACAAUGGGACUUCAGACAGCUCCUGGAUAACUCGGCUGGAAAACAACUAUGGAUUCUACAUUGGCCUGGGCUUGGCUGUCUUCUCCAGCUUCCUCAUCGGCAGCAGCGUCAUCCUCAAGAAAAAGGGACUGCUAAGGCUGGUGGAGAAGGGAGGCACCAGGGCAGGAGAUGGAGGCCAUGGCUACCUAAAGGACUGGCUCUGGUGGGCUGGCUUGUUAACCAUGGGUGGAGGGGAAGCUGCCAACUUUGCUGCCUAUGCCUUUGCUCCUGCAACUAUUGUCACACCUCUGGGGGCUCUGAGCGUGCUCAUAAGUGCCAUUCUGUCCUCAUAUUUGCUUGGAGAACGGCUCAACCUGCUGGGAAAGCUGGGCUGCCUGCUGAGCCUGGUGGGCAGCACUGUGAUGGUCAUACAUGCCCCAGAGGAUGAGGAGGUCACCACUCUGGAGGAAAUGACUUCCAAGCUGAAGGAGCCGGGUUUCCUGGCUUAUGCUGCAAUCCUCCUGGCUCUCUGCUUCCUCCUGAUCUUCUGCCUCGCCCCCCGUUAUGGCCAGAGCAACAUCCUCAUCUACCUCGCCAUCUGCUCCGUUAUCGGUGCCUUCUCCGUGUCCUCCGUCAAGGGCUUGGGAAUUGCCAUCAAGGGCUUCUUUGCUGGCCAGCCUGUGCUGCAGAACCCACUGACCUGGAUCCUGGUCAUCACUCUGGUGGCAUCCAUCACCACGCAGAUCAACUACCUCAACAAGUCUCUGGACAUUUUCAACACCUCUUUGGUGUUCCCCAUCUACUACGUGCUGUUCACCACCAUCGUCAUCACCACUUCCAUCAUCCUCUUUAAGGAGUGGGUCACCAUGACUGUGGUUGACAUCAUUGGGACAGUCUGUGGCUUCCUCACCAUCAUUCUGGGGGUGUUUUUACUCCAUGCUUUCAAAGACAUGGAUGUCAGUUUUGGGAAUUUACCCCAAGUCCUUCAGAACGAACAGCCAGCACCGGUCACCAGAGAUGACAAGAACAUCCUGAUAGAGGUGGACAACUCCAGCAUUGCUCCAGAGGACAAACCCAAAGUAUUCAUGCUCUACACUUAG